AUGGAAGAAGCAGGGGCAUGGCUGCCAUGCAUCGCCACGCUGGCGUCCUGCCUCCUCGGCUUCGCGCUCUACAUCUACGCGCCCUACUGGGGAGUCCGGGGCGUGCCGGGGCCUCCCACGCUGCCGAUCGUCGGCCACCUGCCGCUGCUCGCCCGCCAUGGCCCCGACGUCUUCGCUGCCCUCGCCAAGAAAUACGGCCCCAUCUUCAGGUUCCAUCUUGGACGGCAGCCUCUGGUGAUCGUGGCCGACCCGGAGCUGUGCAAGGAGGUCGGCGUCAGGCAGUUCAAGAGCAUCCCCAACCGGAGCCUGCCGUCGCCGAUAGCCGGCUCCGCGCUCCACCAGAAAGGCCUCUUCUUCACCAGGGACGCGCGGUGGUCGGCGAUGAGGAACACCAUCAUCUCGCUCUACCAGCCGUCGCACCUCGCGGGCCUCGUCCCCACCAUGCAGCGCUGCGUCGAGCGCGCCGCCGACACCAUACAGUUCGCCGCGGGGGAGCACGACGACGGCGACUUGGACUUCUCGGACCUCGCCCUCAAGCUGGCCACCGACGUCAUCGGGCAGGCGGCGUUCGGCGUCGACUUCGCGCUCUCCGCGCCGCAGAGCGACGGCGGCGGCGAGGCGGCGGAGUUCGUGGCGGAGCACGUGCACUCGACCACCUCGCUCAAGAUGGACCUGUCGGGGUCGCUCUCCAUCGUGCUCGGCCUCGUCGCGCCGGCGCUGCAGGCGCCCGCGCGGUGGCUGCUGCGGCGGGUCCCCGGGACGGCGGACCGGAGGAUCGCGCGCACCAACGAGCGGCUGCGCGCGAGGGUGGAGGAGAUCGUGGCGAGCCGGGAGCGCGACGGGGGCAGGAGGCGGGAGCGGAGGGACUUCCUGUCGGCGCUGCUCAACGCCCGGGACGGCGGGGAGAAGAUGAGGGAGCUGCUCACGCCGGAGUACGUGGGCGCGCUCACCUACGAGCACCUCCUCGCCGGCUCGGCCACCACCGCCUUCACGCUCGCCUCCGCCGUGUACCUCGUCGCCGGCCACCCGGAGGUCGAGGCCAAGCUGCUCGCCGAGGUCGACCGCUCCGUUCCUGCAGGCGCCGCCCCGACCGCCGACGAGCUCCAGAGCAGCUUCCCCUACCUCGACCAGGUCGUGAAGGAGGCGAUGAGGUUCUACACGGUCUCGCCGCUGAUCGCGAGGGAGACGUCGCGGCGAGUGGAGGUCGGGGGCUACGCGCUGCCGGAGGGCACGUGGGUGUGGCUCGCGCCGGGGGUGAUGGCGAUGGACGCGGCGCAGUUCCCGGACCCCGGCGAGUUCCGGCCGGAGCGGUUCGAUGCCGGGUGCGAGGAGGAGCGGCGGCGCCACCCGUACGCGCAGGUGCCGUUCGGGCUGGGCCCGAGGGCGUGCGUGGGGCAGCGGUUCGCGCUGCAGGAGGUGAAGCUGGCCAUGGUGCACCUCUACCGCCGCUACGUGUUCCGCCGGUCGCCGCGGAUGGAGUCGCCGCCGGAGCUCCAGUUCGGGAUCGUGCUCAGCUUCAAGCACGGCGUCUGGCUCAGGGCCAUCGAGAGGUGCAAGCGCCACCUAGGCUUGGACAGUGACAUGGAUGAUAGUCUUCAGCUAGUCGAAUGA